UCUCCGCCAAGACAGCCGCCGCGCCGCCAUCAUGGACACCAGCCGCGUGCAGCCUAUCAAGUUAGCCCGGGUCACCAAGGUGCUAGGCAGGACCGGAUCGCAGGGACAGUGCACCCAGGUGCGCGUGGAAUUCAUGGACGACACGAGCCGCUCCAUCAUCCGCAACGUGAAAGGUCCCGUCCGAGAGGGUGAUGUGCUGACCCUGCUGGAAUCUGAGCGAGAGGCCAGGCGGCUGCGCUGAACUCGAUUCAGGUCCCAGAUGUUCUGCCUCGAUGUUUUGUGCUCCCGUUGAUGACCUGUCGUGUUAAUAAACUGUUUCUACCACCAGGGAAAA